CAUUUACCGCCAAUUCUACGAAUCUGACAGAUCUCCUAACCUCGGGUAUUGUUUUUGAUGUUUAAAUGCUCGUUUUUUACGUAAGCGAGCAACUUGUUUAUUUUUCGAACUUUCGCGGUGUCGCGCAACACAGUGUCUGUCAAUUGUAUAUUUUUAUUACAGUAAGGAAGUUCUGAACUAAAUAAAUACUCGGUAAUCAAGUGUGCGCUGUUUUUAAAAGAAGAGAAGUGGAGGAACGAAUUUGUUUGCAACUCUUACACGCGCAACAGCGAAUUUAACGAUGUUACACGUCGCGUUAUGGCUCAUUUUACAUUUUACAAUUUACUAAGUCGUGUAUCAUUUUGCAAUGUAACGCUCAAACAAACCGUCUGCAACUCACCCAAGUUUGUAAAUAAUUUAUAUCUGAUAAGACAAUACUGCUCGCGAGAAACUUUCGGAAAGCGCAACAUGAAAGUGUUGAAUGUUGCCGAAAAACACGAUGCUGCAAAAAAUAUUGCUUAUUUUUUAUCGAGAGGUAACAAUAGAAAGAGAGAAGGUUUAUGCAAGUAUAACAAAAUCUUUGACUUCAAUGUACAAUUGUGGGAUCAAAACUGUCAAAUGGUAAUGACAUCGGUAUCGGGUCACUUGUUAAAUUAUGACUUCACCGGAUCUUAUCGCAAGUGGCUAGGCUGUAAUCCAUUGAGCCUGUUUGAAGCUCCAGUAGUCAAACAGUGCUCGGAAGACACUUACGUACAAAUCAAAAAGACUUUGGAGCGAGAAGUGCGAUCUUGCAACGCAUUGAUCAUUUGGACUGAUUGUGACAGAGAAGGAGAAAACAUUGGUUUUGAAAUCAUAGAAGUUUGCAAGGCAGUUAAACCAAAUAUUCGUGUGUAUAGAGCAAAGUUCUCAGAAAUCACAAGACAGUCUGUUGAUAGAGCUUUACAAACAUUGGGAGAGCCAGAUAAGGCAAUGAGCGAUGCCGUAGAUGUGAGAAGCGAAUUAGAUUUAAGAAUUGGCGCUGCAUUUACAAGAUUCCAAACCUUAAGACUGCAGAAAGUGUUUCCCGAAAAUCUCAAAGAUAUGCUCAUAAGUUACGGAAGCUGUCAGUUUCCGACACUUGGAUUCGUGGUUGAAAGAUUUUUAGCCAUCGAUCGAUUCAAAUCCGAGCCUUAUUGGAAAUUAAAAGUUACUGACGAACGUAAUGGAAUAAUUGUGGAAUUCAGAUGGGCCAGAGUAAGGCUGUUCGAGAAGAUGCCCUGCCAGAUCUUCUUGGACAUGUGUUUGGAAAAGCCCGAAGCUAAGGUGGAGAAAAUAACAUGCAAGCCAAAGAGCAAGUGGAGACCUCUACCUUUGGACACAAUUGAAUUGGAGAAACAAGGUUCUCGCAAGUUGCGUUUGAACGCCAAGGAGACGAUGAGAAUAGCGGAGAGAUUGUAUACCCAAGGUUUCAUCAGUUAUCCGCGUACCGAGACCAACAUAUUCCCAAAGGAGUUGAAUCUAGCACCUCUGGUCGAACAACAAGUGAACAAUCGGGCGUGGGGAAAUUUCGCGCAAAAUUUAUUGGAAACCGGAAUAACUCCCAGACAGGGAAAGAAAAGCGAUCAAGCGCAUCCUCCGAUCCAUCCUACGAAGUACACCGACAAUUUGCAAGGAAACGAUGCUAAAGUCUACGAAUUUGUGGUACGGCAUUUCUUGGCUUGUCUGUCGAAGAAUGCGGAGGGUCGGGAAACAACGGUGGAGAUCAACAUAGCGGGUGAAAAAUUCACGGCUAACGGUCUCGAGAUUAUAGUCAAGAAUUAUCUCGAUGUGUACAUUUACGACAAGUGGAGCAACAAAGAGAUUCCCUCUUACGUACAGGGACAGAUCUUUCGACCCGCCAGCAUAGAUAUGGUGGAAGAGAAAACCUCGCCGCCGAGUUUGUUGACCGAAGCCGAGUUGAUCGCGUUGAUGGACAAACACGGCAUCGGCACGGACGCGACUCAUGCCGAUCACAUCGACACCAUCAAAUCCAGACAAUACGUAGGCUUGACCGACACUCAACACUUCAUGCCGGGCAAAUUGGGGAUUGGACUGGUCAUGGGUUACGACGACAUGGGAUUUCAAAUGUCGAAACCACAUUUGCGCGCGGAUCUGGAAAAGGAUUUGCAACUGAUAUGCCAGGGUCAAAAAGAUCCGAAGGAAGUGUUGCAAAACCAAAUUAACAAAUACCGCGAAGUGUUCAGAGUGUCGAUGGAACGCGCCAAUUUGAUAGACAACGCUCUGGCAAAAUAUCUCGACGAAAGACCGACUCAAGCCGAACAAUCGCAAAUCAUGCCGGUGGACGAAGUCGCUGUUUUCAAGUGUCCGAAAUGCAACUCCAACAUGAUUCUGAAAAACAGAAGACAAGGCAGAGGAAAGUACAUUAGUUGUACGGGAUAUCCAGCGUGUACCAACACAAUCUGGUUCCCGGAAGCUGUGGAGGAUGUAGAGAUUUUGAACGAAACAUGCAAUCAGUGUACAACGGACAUGCGCAAAUUAAAAUUCAAGCUGGUUAGAAAUGUUAUACCGUUGUACGGCACCUCUUACACCACGUGUAUAGGCUGUGAUACUGUGUUCAAAGAAAUGCUGAAUAUAAAAGACGACGCUAUAAGCCAAACUGGAAGAGUUAAUUCCGUCAGUCAAAAUAAUACGAGGAACACGUCGAGUUUCACUUCUACCUCAAGUACAUCCCAGUCGCAGAGCACUCGACGACAAGUUCCUACAAGUGUGAUGAGAUCUAGUGAAAAUGACAGCGACGUUGAGUUGAUUGAAACUCCCAACUUGUCCGGAAGACACGCACAAAAUCAUUCCAACACUUUUCGGUCGAACAAUCCGUCGAAUAACGUCAAUAGAAGCGCGACAACAUCGGAUAAUAGACGAAGUCUCGAUUUCUGGAACAACAUGGUUGACUUUAAUAAUUCGGAAAACAGAUCGGAUCGGUCCAGAAAUGCUGUUAACGCCAACGAUAGAACCAACGCGUGGGGUAAUAUUGACAGCAGUGCCGAAAUUAUGUGCAAGUGCCAUGAAACCGCGAUUCAAUUAACGGUGAGGAAAGAGGGACCGAACAAAGGACGUCUGUUUUACAAAUGCGCCAAGCCACAAGGUAGCGGUUGUGAUUUUUUCUUGUGGGCAUCGGACAGCGAAACUCAAAACGAUACAACAAACGAUCGUGUAAAUCGAGUGGAUAGAAGCAACAACAGUGCUGGUCACUCGUCUCGUAUUGCUGCUCCUAAUAAUGACUGGCAAGUUGCGUCGACGAACGAUGUUAUGUGUACCUGUGAUCAACCCGCCCGAAAACUGACAGUUAACAAAGAAGGGCCAAAUAAGGGACGGCAAUUUUACGGGUGUCCGAAUGGCAUGAACUCUACUUGCAAUUUCUUUCAGUGGGCAGAUGAGAACAAUGCUGGUAAUUGUGAAAAUACAAACUGGAACAAUAAUUCUAAUGCAAAUAGAGGGAGCAGAGCGCGUAGCAAUAGAGGUGGCAGUGCUCCGAAAAGGCCCAAGCUCACUGGCACUAAAAGAAAGUGCGGAAAUUGCGGUGUUGAAGGUCACACAAGAACUAAAUGUCCACACAACGCGAUGGAUUAAAAAUCUAAUUUAGUAACAAUCCGUUAUGAUGAAUAUAAUGUACAGUUU